UCCCCCACCCGCUCCCCCGGCACUGGACUCUGCUGCUGGAACAGAGUCCCAGUAGAACAGACGGACCAACUGACAGAAAAGGGCCGGGAGUGCCUCACAGUGGGGAGGGGGUGGGGGCCACCAUGUCAUCCUACCAGAAGGAGCUGGAGAAGUACAGAGAUAUAGAUGAAGAUGAGAUCCUCAGAACCUUGAGCCCCGAGGAGCUGGAACAGCUGGACUGCGAGCUACAAGAGAUGGACCCCGAGAACAUGCUGCUACCAGCUGGACUAAGACAACGCGACCAGACAAAGAAGAGUCCGACAGGGCCACUGGACCGAGAUGCCCUUUUGCAGUACCUGGAGCACCAGGCCCUAGAGGUCAAAGAGCGUGAUGAUCUGGUGCCCUUCACAGGCGAGAAGAAGGGGAAACCCUAUAUUCAACCCAAGAGAGAGAUCCCAGCACAAGAACAGAUUACCCUGGAGCCUGAGCUGGAAGAGGCCCUGGCCCACGCUACAGAUGCUGAAAUGUGUGACAUUGCAGCCAUUCUGGGCAUGUACACGCUGAUGAGCAACAAGCAGUACUAUGAUGCCAUCUGCAGCGGAGAAAUCUGCAACACGGAAGGCAUUAGCAGUGUGGUUCAGCCUGACAAGUAUAAGCCAGUGCCAGAUGAACCCCCAAAUCCCACAAACAUCGAGGAGAUGCUAAAGAGGGUUCGGAGCAACGAUAAGGACCUGGAGGAAGUGAACCUUAAUAACAUACAGGACAUCCCCAAACCCAUGCUCAGCGAGCUGUGUGAAGCCAUGAAGACUAACACCUACGUCCGGAGCUUCAGUCUGGUGGCCACAAAGAGCGGUGACCCCAUUGCCAAUGCUGUGGCUGACAUGUUACGGGAGAACCGCAGUCUUCAGAGUCUGAACAUCGAAUCCAACUUCAUUAGCAGCACGGGGCUCAUGGCUGUGCUGAAGGCAGUUCGGGAAAAUGCCACUCUCACCGAGCUCCGUGUGGAUAACCAGCGCCAGUGGCCUGGUGAUGCGGUGGAAAUGGAAAUGGCCACCGUGCUAGAGCAGUGUCCCUCUAUUGUCCGCUUUGGCUACCACUUUACACAGCAGGGGCCACGAGCUCGGGCAGCACAGGCCAUGACCAGGAACAAUGAAUUGCGUCGUCAGCAGAAGAAGAGAUAAUGUCACCCUUUCUUUACCACCAGAGCUGGCAGCUCCGGACACAGAAAUCCUCAUCUCCCC